CUCGUUUUGGGAACUCUGAGGUCGUUUCAACCACACAUGGCUCAUCCCUUGCCGUAAUCACGCAGUUUCAUUCACUCGUAGUAAGGUGCGUAACGGGAGAGCGACAUAUUAUCGAGCCCAAGUGACCGGACGCAGCGUGCGUUGUGGCGCUGUGUGGGCGGGGUUUGUAGCUUCAUGUAAACACUCUGACAUAGCCACACAAUAAACGGGAUCUAGACCAGCGCACCGAUCUCUGCCAUAGAAUAAACUCACGACAUGGAUCCGCCCGUGGCCCCCGCGGCUGUCAAACGGAGCAGCUCGGAGCAGAGGAAGUUGCGUUCUCGUGAUGCUGCCCGGUGUAGACGGAGCCAGGAGACGGAGGUGUUCUACGAGCUGGCCCAUGUGCUGCCUCUGCCCCGCCGCGUGUCCACACACCUGGACAAGGCCGCCAUCAUGAGGGUCACCCUAAGCUACCUGCGACUGCGCCACCUCCUGACUGCUGGAGCAGAGACAGAGCCCAGCCUGGAGGACCCUAUGGACCAGUUCUACCCUCAGGUUCUGGGAGGCUUCAUCAUGGUCCUGAGUGAGGAAGGAGACAUCAUCUACCUGAGCGAGAGUGUGAGCGCCCACAUUGGGAUCACACAGCUGGAGCUUCUGGGCCAGAAUCUAUACGAGUUUGUCCACCCAUGUGACCAAGAGGAGCUGAGGGACCUGCUGACCACACGCUCCGGUGUGAGUAGGAAACAGAGCUCCACUGAGAGGAGCUUCUUCCUGCGUGUCAAGAACACUCUGACCAACAGGGGGCGCAUCGUCAACCUCAAAUCAGCCACCUGGAAGGUCCUGCACUGCGUCGGACAUAUGCGCUCAGAAGGGGGCAGUAGAGUUCUGAGCCUCCUAUGUGAGCCCCUCCCUCACCCUUCCAGCGUGGAAUUUCCCCUGGACUCGUCCACCUUGCUAACCCGGCACAGCAUGGACCUGCACUUCACCCACUGCGAGGGACGGGUGAUGGAGCUGCUGGGGUAUGAGCCGCACCAACUAAUUGGCUGCUCGGCGUACCACUUCUACCAUGCGCUAGACUUUGACCACAUCAACAGGAGCCUGCAAAUAUUGCUGUCUAAAGGCCAAGUCCGGACCAGACAAUACCGCUUUCUGGCGAAUAACGGGGGCUUUGUUUGGGUUGAGACACAGGCUACAGUGCUGUACAGCCGGAGCGGUCAUCCAGAAGCCAUUGUGUGCCUCAACUUCAUCCUCAGUGCCAUCGAGCAGGCCAAUAUGGUGCUCUCAAUGGAGCAAAGGCAUUGUGGGGACUUGAAAGGAGAGCCUCUAUCUCCAGCCCCCCAGGAGAACGCAGAUGCCACUGAAGAGUCACCAGCAGAGCCCUGCAGCCCCGGGCCCGCCCUCUGCCCAGGCCUCACCAAACUGUCGUUUGCCAGUCCAAAACCGGACUGUGAGCCUACAGCCCCCCAGGACCUGUGCAGCCCUGCCCUGAGGCAGCUCCUGUCCCCCAUCUUCAACAUGUCACCCUCAUCGUCCUCCUCGCCCUCACCCGCCCCAUCCCCUGAACCCCAGCCCAUCACGAGCCAGGAGCAACCCAUGGACACCAGCGGAGUGGAGCGCUUCUUUGCUGUGUGGCCCGACGCAGAGAAGGACCAAGGGCACACUCUACUGCAGAUGGACGAUAUGGACCUGGACAUGCUGGCUCCAUACAUCUCUAUGGACGAUGACUUCCAGCUCAGCGGCCUCACUGCACCAGAAGAGACUGAGGCCCCAGACCCUUCAGCACUGGGGUUCAGAAGCAGGAAAAGAGCCCUCAGUGUAGAUGCUGAACAGCUCCCAGACAAGAGGCACAAAGGGCCCCUGUCUGUAGAGGACCUACUGGGCUGCCUGGAGGAGAGUAACCAAUCAGAGCGUGAUUGGAAUCAACUGCUCACAGACAAAGACCCAGUGCUUGGAGGAGUCCAAAAUGAGCGCACAGUACUGAUGGCAGAUUUCUUCCUGAGCCGCCCUCCUGACCUGUCCUCGCCGUUGUCGCCUAUGACCUGACCUCUGACCUCGGAUCAUGUGGCCCAGCAGACUCCAGAACGCACAACAGUCUCCAUUUCCCAGUGCAUUCUGGGAGGCAGCUAACCUGCACAUACAGAGAACAGGAUGCCUCCGAGCCCACAAGCCUGGCAAGUGGAGCUACAGAUGUGGACAGGGGCAUGAUACAUUUUUAUAAGCAUGUUUUAACUCACUUUUCUAUUUUUUUUCUUUUUUUUAAAUCAGUGAAUCAUAUUGUAGACUGUGUUUUGUAACAUUUCCACAUAUAUUAUACUUCUUUAAACUGUUUGACUAUUGUAAUGUAGAUCUUUAGAGCUUGACCUGGGAGACAUCAGUGUAUGCCCCCUCACUGCGGUGCUAUCUUUGUCAUGUGUGUCUGUGCCUUUGAGCUGGACCACUCAUUUUACCGAGUAUCACAGAAAAAACUAGGUUAUUCACUGUACUUAUGAAGCCAAAUAAAGCUUUUGGGCAGCUUUUUAAUGUGUGCUGUUCAGUUGGUGUGAAUAAAUAACAGAAAUUAAA